AUGGGUUUACAUUGGCCUCCGCAACGACAAAUUUCUCUACCAGGGAUAUUACUACAUGGACAACAUAUACCAUUACGAGAACGACAGCUGAUCUUACACGCAAAGGUACCAAAAUUACAAGAAGUAACAUCACGUUUCGCUAAAACUUGUCCAUCUUCACUAGUUGGAAUCGCCGAAGCAGUAGCAAUGACAAGGACGAAA